UCUCUGUCUUCAUCCGUGGGCGGUUCCUCUCUCUCUCUCUCUCUCUCUCAUUAUCUAAAAAAUUGAGGCAGAGGAACGAACUACGGAUGUGCAGAUUUUGCUGUGUCACGACCUCCAUCGCCGGUACUUGUGUACUACAGACAAACUCUCAAUACUGUUGUUCCUUCUCUCUCUAUCUCUCCAAAACGGACGCUCUGCUCUCACCUCACCAUCCUCGAUCUUUCCUAAAACCACCAACAUCAUUACCGAAUCAUGAUGCGUCACCGUCAAUCAUCGAUGGCUCACAUCGUGAGACACCACUGAUCUUCUGAUCAUCAUUUGCACGCAGAAGAAGAGCCACCGCCAUCGCCACCGAAUCUUUAUGUGGUGUGGUAAGAACCGGAGAAUUACGGUUGAGCGUUCUGGAUGCAUAUCGGGUGCCGGAUAAAUGCUUGUUCCCGGGGAUCUAGGGUUUUCGUACCUGGUCCUGCUCUUCUUUUUCUUCACUCCGAUUUUCGGCUUCGUAAUCCGUCGGAAAUGGAGGAUUGCGGUGGCCAGGCAGGAGGAGAUCAGGAGACUCAUGGAGUUGGCUUCCGAACAGGAAGAAAGGGCCGCGCUCGAGGCAGCUGUUGAAUACGGCGCCAUCUCUGUUUCUGCUCGUCAAUCACUGUGUGCUGUUUGUUAUUGUCCGACCACUACGCGCUGUGCUCAAUGCAAGGCCGUUCGGUACUGUUCUGGUAAGUGUCAAAUCAUCCACUGGAGACAAGGUCACAAGGAUGAAUGCCAACUUCUGUAUGCUACUCACCAGUUCAGUGACAAGGGAGGUGACUCUGACUCUGGUCAGAAGGUAGUAUUGCAAGGAGAACAGCAUGAAAUUUGCCAUGAUGAUACUGGGAAAGAAGGCAUAUGCAAUGCUCAACCAGUUAAAAUGUCACCUGAGAAACCUACAUCAUCCAAAUUUGGUUCCUUUUCAGAAGUCCGGUGUGAGAAGCAUGAUGAUAAAGUUGAGCCACUGGUUAAUACCAAAAGAAUGGAUGCCAUUUCUGAAUCUUCUACCUCAUUGUUGGAUGGAUUUUCUGCAUCCACUGGCGUGGAUAAAUCAUCAGUUGAUGUUUCUGCUGGCAAGAUCCCUAAUUCAAUUUCUCCUGACAGAUCAGAAGUACUUCAACCUGAUGAUACCACUGCUGCUGAGACAACCACUGAUGUUAAUGACAGGAAGCUAAUUGAAUCACGAUCUUCAGAGUUCAAUAAUUUGGUUGAUUCUCUAAAUAGUUUUUCUUGUUCAAGUAAAUUAAAGCAGAGGGAACCGAGUUGUAGUGAUGGUGAGGUUCACAGUACAUCAACUUGUCCUUCGGGCCCAAGCUCAACUGAUUCUUCAGGUUCAAGCAUCAAUGGCUCUGAUGAGAGUACAACUUCUGAGUCUUCUACAGCCUCUUCUGAUUUCUGGGAAGGAACUGUGGAGUCAAGUGGAUCUAGCUAUGAUGUCUGUGAUAAUUCUGCUCAUUCACGUGACACUGAAGGUGGGGAUAGCAUCUCGUCUGGUUCUGAUUAUCCUUUAAAAUUCUCAGUUAAGAACCUUAGGCAUACCAUUCCUUCUUCACUCUCACAAUUUUCCAAGCCCAAGGAUGGUGUUGCUUCUCAGACGGGCUUGGGGAAUGGAAUUCCUGCCUGUGGAGAUUCUCUUGCAGAGAAGAUAGUCACAGAUGUAUCUGGGAAUAGUAUCCCAAAAACCCUGAUACAUGAAAGAUCAGAAUCCAUGGUUAAUGCCAGAGGCAAGGAUUCACAGGUAUUGAAGUCUGUAGACAAUGGAUCUUAUCUUCCAUAUUCUAAAACGGGAGGGCUUUCUAUGAAAUCCACAAAGGUUGAUGGCAUUCACACAGCACGCACUGCUUUAUCUGAGGUUUCACGAUCAUCAAAUGCUAAUAAUGGCUUGAAAACAUCUGUUCAGAAAGUUGUUCAGCAAUUUAGGGCAUCUAAGAUUUUGAUAUCCAACCCAUUGGGAACCGAGAAAGGUGGAAAGUACAACUGCAAGAUGAUCUUUCCAUAUGAACAAUUUGUCAAACUCUAUCAUGACAAGAUGGAACUGCAGCCUUUUGGCCUCAAAAACUGUGGGAACAGCUGCUAUGCAAAUGCUGUGCUUCAGUGCCUGGCUUUUACUCGGCCUCUUACAUCUUAUCUUCUUCAAGGACUCCAUUCCAAAACAUGCCCAAAGAAAGAGUGGUGUUUCACUUGUGAAUUUGAAGAUCUAAUUAUGAAAGCAAGGGAACGGAAGUCUCAAUUGUCUCCAAUCCGUAUUCUUUCCCAACUACAAAAUAUUGGUAGUCAUCUUGGUCAAGGGAGAGAAGAAGAUGCCCAUGAAUUUUUAAGGUAUUCCAUUGAUGCAAUGCAAUCUGUUUUCCUAAAGGAAGCUGGUUCAAAUGUGGAGGGCCCUUAUGCAGAAGAAACAACUCUCAUGAGCCUGAUAUUUGGGGGUUAUCUUCGGUCUAAGAUAAAGUGCAUGAAGUGUCAAGGAAAAUCUGAACGUAAUGAACGCAUGAUGGAUCUCACUGUUGAGAUAGAUGGUGACAUUGGAACCCUGGAAGAGGCACUUAAAAAAUUUACAGCUACUGAGAUCUUGGAUGGAGAAAACAAAUACCAAUGUGAGAGAUGCAAAUCGUAUGAGAAGGCUAAAAAGAAAUUGACAGUGUCGGAAGCUCCUAAUGUCCUUACAAUUGCCUUGAAACGUUUUCAGUCUGGUAAAUUUGGGAAGCUCAAUAAGGUGGUACGGUUCCCAAGGGUCCUUGAUCUGGCUCCAUAUAUGAGUACAACAAACGACAAAUCUCCUGUAUACACACUUUAUGCAGUGGUGGUUCACUUGGAUGUUAUGAAUGCUGCAUUCUCUGGUCAUUAUGUGUGCUACAUUAAGAAUUUUCAGGAAAAGUGGUACAAGAUUGAUGACAGCACAGUAGAACCUGUUGAGCUUGAGAAGGUAUUAUCGAAAGGGGCAUAUAUGCUCCUUUAUGCAAGGUGCUCACCACGGGCCCCAAGUUGGGUAAGGAACUCAAUGUCCCAUGAUGGCAAAAUCAGGAGAAGCAGAUUUUCGGAAGCUAUUUCUUCCAACCAUGGUGGAAGGAGUGCUACGUGCAAUUCCAGGCCCAACGUGGCUCCAAAUGGCAGCCCGUCUGGGGCACAUUGGAAGCCUGAAGACUAUCCCUAUCGGAUAACCUUAAAUGGUUCUGUGAACUAUGAAUCUUUUGAUUCAGAUGAUGGGAGGUUUCACCAUUUAUCCAGUGAUAACUCGUCCCUUUUCAGCUGUUCAGAUGAAGCUUCCUGCAGCACUGAGAGCACCAGAGACUCUACUAGUACAGAGGAUUUCUCUGAUUACUUUUUUGGAGAUGCAUGUCGCGAAUGGAGCAGUCCUUUGAGAGUUUCGUCGGAUUCCGAUGGUUCUUCCUCCCCUCUCUGCUCAAGAUUUUCACCACUAUCGGUCUCAAAGAGGCAUUCAUUGAAUUCCCCCGAGACAAGUGAAUAUAGAACUUGUAACACAGGUUCAGUGCUAGAUGCAGAUGAAGCACGUAUAAGGCAAUCUGAAGAAAGCAGCACAGCGGAGAAUCCUCCCCUGCAGAAUUCUAUUACAACUAAACCCUGUAGAAAGUCAACAACCCGUAGUAAUAGUAGCAAUAAUCUUGAUAGUUGUAGUUGUAGGGAGACUGACCGGAAGCGAUUUGGGUUGGCUAACCCCUUCGGUUCAAAAUAUGGUAUAUCAUUAAGAAGAUCCACUAGGGAAAGAACAACUCAAACAUUUUAUUAAGGUUUGAGUUGAGGGGAAAAUAAGAGUUUUAAGCUGUAUGUAAUGUAUACAUUUUGCUGGUUUAAUGGAAAGAAAUCAGCAGUCGUUUUGCUCAUCAAAUAUAUCUGACUACAUUACAUUAUCUCUGAA